AUUCAUUCUGCUGUUGGAAAGCAACAGGUGUGGCUACAGAGGUCGCUUGUACCUUCUGCCAUCUAAUGGAAGAGCAUUUAAAUGUUCUGUCUGGCUGUCACUAUACAUUAUUCAACGUUUUCUACAAGUACUUUACAUUGGCGCGUAGUGGAAGGGUUUCUUCGAGAGUCGAGACUGAAGGCAGCACCAAACUCCCACUGAACAGUUAAAAGCUGCGCUGACUGUCGUGGCGCUUCUCCUCCCACUCAGCCGAAGCCAUAUAACAACGCAUCUGAAAAUGAGCGACACGACCAAACUGUCUUCCCCUCAACCGCGAGCAGAGAUGGCAGAGAGAGACGGCCAAAGCUCGACGUUCCCGGACAUCGUGGAGCUCAACGUGGGUGGUCAGGUGUACGUGACCCGGCUGGACACGCUGACGGCGGUGGCCGACUCCCUGCUGUGGGCCAAGUUCAGCCAAAGUUCCCCGGACGAGCUUCCCAAAGACGCCAAGGGUCGCUUCUUUUUCGACCGAGACGGCUUUCUGUUCCGCUACAUUCUGGACUACUUGCGGGACUCGGAGCUCUUCCUGCCCGAGUUCUUCAAGGAGAGGAGGCGGUUGCAGAAGGAGGCGGAAUUCUUCCAGCUACCGGAGCUGUCGAGGCGCCUGGCGGCCCCCAGCAAGGACGGCUCUCCCACGGAGGACAGCGGGGAGCCGGAAGAGGCCGAGCUCGCCAGCCCGACCGCCGCCUCUCCCUCUUCGGAUAGAACGCCGCGCUCGCCGGGCGCCAGCGCGGGUUACAUCACGGUCGGCUACAGGGGCAGCUACACCAUCGGCAGAGACAUCCAGGCGGACGGCAAAUUCCGCCGGGUGGCCAGGAUAACCGUGUGCAGCAAGAUCUGCCUCGCCAAAGAAGUGUUUGGGGACACCUUGAAUGAGAGCCGAGACCCAGACCGACCCCCAGACAAGUACACGUCCAGGUACUACCUCAAGUACAACUUCCUGGAGCAGGCGUUCGACCGGCUGGCCGAGGCCGGCUUCCACAUGGUGGCCUGCAACUCCACGGGGACGUGCUCGUACGCCAGCAGCGACCCGGGGGAGGACAAAGUGUGGACCAGCUACACCGAGUACGUGUUCAGUCGGUGAACUCGAAUGAUGGCUUCAUGACCCUGGAAGAGCAAGUUGACACUUCUUUACCCGCUGUUUAUUACAUAUAGUUUGCCAUGUGUUUUGUAGGUACAGUUUGUGUGUACUUAAUUAAGUGCGGGGUCACCGACGUUUGAUACACACUUGUCAAAUAACGCACUUGCUCAAAUUACCUUUAAUUUGAUGUCAUUACAUUUCAUUGAUAAAUAUCAAUAUGCAACAUUUUAUUCCCAAUUCACCCCCCUGCCCCCGCCCCCAAGUGAUUACAGUUCAUAAUCACUUCUAAAACAUUCCUAGAAAACAAGCAAGGACAUACAGCACAUGAAACAUGAAAUGUAAAUAUGUUUUCUUUGGUGUUUAAAUGCACAUACUUACUGUACAUGUAUUAUUGUUUUGGUCAUAUUACUACACGACUUAGCUUUAGAAAUUGUUCUGGAAUAAUUUUUAAAAUCCCUUUGUUGCUAGGGAUUUCUAUCUGGUACGUAUAAAAGACAAGAACAUGUUAAUCAGAUAACUAACUUUAUAGUAAAAUAUUUGUAUUUCAAUAAUAAUAAUCUUCAAGACCGGGAGUCAGAUUGGCUGAUUCUGAUUCUCAAAUUAAAAGAAAAAGCCAAAAAUAGGAUGUGACAUAUGUAUGAUCUGUGUAUUAAACUAUAUUGAAUAAAGUGUGACAAGGCAAUACA